AUUGUGUGCGGAGGAAAACGGUCCUUAUUUCCGCCGUUGACGCGCAGGCGCCGAAGAUGCGCUCAGUCCGCCACUAGUCCUCAUGACGCGGUAGCAGCAGACAGCUGGAGGAGCUCAGUUUCCAGGUGAAAAUGGCUGUGGAGAAGCGCCUGGCGUACUCAAUUGUGCAGUUCUUACGAGAUCAAACACACUGUGGAGCUUUGAAUUCUGAUGAGCAGGAAAGCCUGGAAGUUGCUAUUCAGUGUUUGGAAACCACCUUUAAGAUCAGCUCCAGUGACUGCCAUCUUGCUGUGCCACAGCCGCUCACAGAAAUAUUUCUCAAUGCCCUGCUCAAGAAUGACAACCUAACCAUACCAGAGACUUCCCCAUCCCCAGAAGACAUUGAACGAGCAGAACAACUCAAGAAUGAAGGGAACAAUCACAUGAAGGAAGAGAACUACAGAUGUGCGGUGGAGUGCUACACAAAGGCAAUCGAUCUGGAUCUAAGAAACGCUGUGUACUACUGCAAUAGGGCUGCAGCUCACAGUAAACUGGGAAAUUAUACAGAGGCAACUGGCGACUGUGAGAGAGCCAUUGGGAUUGAUCCUACCUACAGCAAAGCAUAUGGGCGGAUGGGUUUGGCUUUAACGGCCAUGAACAAGUAUCCAGAGGCAAUUUCCUACUUCAAAAAAGCUCUGGUGUUAGAUCCGGAGAAUGAUACCUACAAAUCCAACCUGAAGAUUGCCGAGCAGAAGCAUAAAGAAGCAACAAGUCCGAUAGCUGCUGGACUGGGUUUUGAUAUGGCAAGCUUAAUCAACAACCCUGCCUUCAUCAGCAUGGCCGCAAGUGUGAUGCAGAACCAGCAAGUCCAACAGCUUAUGUCAGGAAUGAUGUCGAAUGCCGUCGGGGGGCCUGCAGCAGGAGUAGGCGGACUAUCAGACAUCUCCAGCUUGAUCGAAGCAGGACAGCAGUUUGCUCAGCAGAUCCAGCAGCAGAACCCUGAGCUGAUCGAGCAGUUAAGGAACCACAUCCGGAGCCGCUCCUUCAGUGGCAGUGCAGAGGAGCACUCAUGAUCUAUUCAGGUCUUUUUUUUUUCACUAGAGGAAGGGCAACCAUAUGACGCGAUUACAAUCUCUACACCCAUUUCUUAACGUCAACUCCCCGGCAUAGCUGGAAUGAAGAGACAAGGAUGGGGUUGAAGGCACUUUACUUUAAGACUCUGAAGGGAAGAGACAAGGGCCUGGAGACUGGACCAUGAAAUGAAGAAACCCACACAUCUAGGACGAAAAUACACGUAAACACCUAAUCACAAGCAGGAGCCAAGAUCGCAUUUAGACCACUGACAGAAUAGAAGUAAUGUGUUUCUUCAGUGCUUUUCCAUUCUGCAGAAUGUGCUUUAAAAUAUUGUCCUCUUCAUUCGACACGCUAACAAACCAUGUCACGAUAAGUCGAGGGUUGGGAAGGAAUGUACUUUUACUGCAUUGCAGGGAACAUUUCAGCUUUUUCUCACAACGUAACACAUAAAACAUCAACUUUAUCUUGUUUAUAUUGCAUCUUGUGUAAUAUUAUUUUUGUAAAAAGAGGUUUAUUGAGUGACACAGACCAUUCAGUCCUUGAACAUGUGGGACUCGCACUCAUUCACUGCUUUUCAAAGAGUACUAAUUAACUUUUGAUUAAGAAAACCAUGUAAGUAUAUAGCAGUGUUUGCAGCUUCCAUUAUGUUAUUGCACUUUAGCAAAGAUUACUGUCCCCCUUUAAGCAUAUUUAAUUGUUGAUACACUAGUAACAGAGUAUUCAGAUUGUUAAUUUUGCAUGCUCUUAAAUCUGGUGUUUGAGAUCAGAUGCUUUAUGAAAACAAAUAGGUAUGCUAGGGCAGAACAAUGUUUUGUCUAAAAUGUGAAUAAACGUCUUAAGCAAACAUUCA